AUGGCGAGACGGGUCUACGAAGCCUGGAAGGGAAGCAAUAAGUUUUUAUUUGGUGGGAGAUUGAUACUUGGGCCUGAUGCUUGGUCUCUUCCUUUUACCUUGCUGCUCAUCAUAACUCCAGUUAGUUUGUUUUCUGUAUUUGUUGCAACAAAUCUACGCCACGAGUUCUUACCAAGCAAUGCGGGAAAUGCAAUCUUAGUCGUAGCAAUUCUAUUUACCCUUCUUGUACUGAUUCUUCUAUUCCUCACUUCUGCGAGAGAUCCUGGAAUUGUUCCAAGAAAUUCUCAUCCGCCAGAAGAAGAACUAUGCUAUGAUACAACCGUAUCAAGUGAUGGAAGGCAAACACCCACUGUUCAAAUUCCUAGGACGAAAGAAGUAAUUGUUUAUGGUGUUUCUGUUAGAGUCAAAUAUUGUGAUACAUGCAUGCUUUAUCGGCCUCCUCGUUGCUCCCAUUGCUCAAUUUGCAAUAACUGUGUUGAGCGUUUUGAUCAUCAUUGCCCUUGGGUAGGCCAAUGCAUUGGAGUGAGAAACUAUAGGUUCUUCUUUAUGUUUGUUGCCUCUGCAUCUCUUCUCUGCAUCUACGUGUUUUCGAUGUCGGCUUUAUACAUUAAGGUUCUGAUGGACAACCAUCAAGGUACUGUCUGGAGGGCAAUGCGAGAAUCACCUUGGUCUGUUAUGCUGAUGAUAUACUGCUUUAUUUCCUUGUGGUUUGUUGGAGGGCUUACUGGGUUCCACUUGUACCUCAUUAGCACCAACCAGACUACAUAUGAGAAUUUCCGGUACAGAUCAGACAAUAGAAUCAAUGUUUAUAACCGUGGGUGUUCAAACAAUUUCCUGGAGAUAUUUUGCUCAAAAGGUAAGCCCUCGAGGAACAAUUUCAGAGCGUUCGUCAAAGAAGAACCACCAAGGAGUGUUACAUUACCUACGACAUGGGAAGGACCUGAAGAAGCUGAGGAAGAAAACAGGGAGGAACGGCGUCAGAAGGUGGAGGACGAUCUAGACAUUGAUGAAGAUAUAAUGAAACUACAACAGCGUUCUAAUGCAGAAGAAGGCAGCAAUCCAGUGGAUCACAAGGUUGAUAUUGACCAAAUGAGAGUUGGGUCUAAUGAGAGAGCACCAACAAUUCGAUCAGAAGCGAGGCACGGAAACUGGGGAACAAGAGGCAACGCACAAGAGGAUGUGAUAGCCGGUUCUUCAGUGAGGGAGAGUAGAAGCUAUGCAGCUGCAGAGGAAGGACGGUGA